GUCGUCGCAAGCGCCGUGCGGGUUGGCUGCAGAGGCAUCGCUCCACCUCCUCCUGCCUUCCUGCCCAGCCCCCUCCACUCCAUCCCUUGAUUUAAAGCAGCCAGGAGGAGGGGAGGAAGGGGGGGGGGAGCAGAGCAGGGGAGUAUACGCGAUAUGCUCUGUCUGCUGUUUGCUUAGUGCGAUUGACUGCGACUAAUCGGCGGAGCGAAGGAGGCGCGCGAGGCGUGAGCGCUUCCACAGCCGCCGCGGAAUCCGCCGAGCGCCGGGAAAGGGGAGAGGAGGGAGAGGAGGAGGGAGAGGAGGAGGAGGAGGGAGAGCGAAGUCGCCGGGCUCCGUGCCGCCGACGUCUCCCGCGGACGCGCGAGCGGCACGCGGUCGCCGCGAUGCCGUUCAUCCCAGGGAGCCCGUGCCCAGCCGGACCCCUGCACGCGCCGCACGUCAUGCAGCCCACCCUGAGCCUCAAGCCCUUCCUGCCGUUCCCCCUGGAGGCGGCCGCCACGCACACCCACGCCCUGCGCCUCUUCUCCGCCUUCCCGGCCAUGGAUCCCAUGCAGAAGGCGUUGCUCGCACCCUUCCACCUGCCUCUCCCUCCGCGCAAGCGCCACGUCAUCUCGUGCAACGUGUGCCAACUCCGUUUCAACUCCGAGAGCCAGGCCACGGCACAUUACAAGGGCGGGAAGCACGCCAAGCGCCUCAAGGCCCUGGAGAUCAGCAAGGCCAAGCAGGCCGGUGACACGGCCGACCAGGCCGAGCGUGAACCAGGCAAGGACGGGACCACCCCCGCCCAGGCGGCCUGCGCUCCGACCGCACCCUCCCGUGGCGACGCGAGCGACCCCGGACCCACAGAAGAAGCAGACGGCGGACCUCUGUUGGCGGAGGGCGCCUCCGCGAGCCUCCAAGCGCAGCGCUCGGCAAGCGACGGCGCUGACCCGGCACCCGGCGUCGGCGGCGGCGUCUCCGUCGCAGCGCAACCCGGCGCGUGCAGCGUCGCCCGAGGACCCCUCGACUGCUCGAGCGCCGCGAGCACCAGCGGCCACGCCGACGAGCCCGCCGAACAAGACUUUGCCGGCGCCGUGCCCAGGCAGGCGGCUCCGAGCGGAGCCGCCGCCGCCGCCGACUCCGCGGUGGCGCUGGGAGUCGCGUCCCCGUGCCCGGAAGACCUCGGGUCGAGCCGGGAGGGCGGCUAUGGCGGUGUCGAGCUCAGCGGGACCGGCGCCACCGUGCCGUGUUGCGGUCCGACAGAGACAGAUGGAGCCAAGCCUUCAAAGCUCAGCCCCGCCCUGCCCAGCAGCACGCGCUCCGGAGCGGCGAGCAGCGGCCCGGCGGAGGACGCCAAGGCGUGCGGAGACGCGGCCGCAAAGGACGAGGACGACAAGGGUGGGGACGCCAAGGCGGAGGGAGACGAGAAGGCCAAAGCGGCGUUGUUCUGCUCCCUCUGCAAAGUGGCUCUCAACUCGCAGUCGCAGAUGGAGGCUCACAACAACGGCUCCAUGCACAAGACGCUGCUCGAGGCGCAGAGCGGCGGCGGCAGCAUCAAGGCGUACCCGCGGCCCGGCUCGCGCGGCGCGGGCGCCGGCACGGCCGACCCGUCCGGCCUCCAGAACAAGGUGUUCCACUGCGAGCUGUGCGACGUGCGCGUCAACUCCGAGACGCAGCUCAAGCAGCACAUCACCAGCCGUCGGCACAAGGACCGGGUGGCGGGGAAACCGCCCAAGCCAAAGUUCAGCCCUUACACGCGGCUGCCCUGCACCGCGGGCAUCAUCUCGGCCAAGCUGGCGUUCCCCAAGGACAUCGGCAAGGCGGUGGCACCGGGCUUCUUCGCGACUGCGGCGCCGGCUCUGACCCCGCAGCUGACCCUGCGCCCCUCCCCGCACCACGCCUCCCUGUUCUCGGCGGGGCCCGCCCUGUUGCGUCCGGCGCCCGGACCGAUGCGCACGGCCCACGGCAGCAUCCUCUUCGCUCCCUACUGAGGACGCCGACGCGUCGUCCCUCCACGUGGGGACGCGUGGAUCGUCCGCACGGCGGGGAGCCGCGCGGAUCCUUCCCGUGGGGGAGAGAGACGCGCGCCGUGCGGGAUGGAGACCCGGGCGAAACUGGACACCGCUCGUCACCGCAGGGAGAUGGGAUGCUGUGCGGCAGUGGUGGCUGGUUAAUUGCCCCUAAUGCUUCAAGCUUAAAGAAGUGUUUCCUAUGAAGCCAGUUUGACUGAAAUUCACACGACUAACAUUGGAACAGUAUGUUUGUGGCUUAACGGCGGUGCGCGAGGGGGGGGGGGGGUGGGGGCGAUACAAGCAGUGUUGAAUUUUAACAACCUAAUUAUUAUCGCUGUUUAAGUGUCGCACAUUAACAUGGCUGUCCUUGUUGUCAAUAAUGCGGUGCCGAAUUGCAGCUUUACACUACAACUCGACUGGCAAUCGUACAAAACCACAUCGCAAGAACUGUGAAUCAACACAAAUUCACUUAUAAUCUUCUGCCGUGACAAGACAAGGUGUCACCGUUACAGAGCAACACACGCUACCACGAGCGCACGGCGAUAACUCGCAGACACACAAGCGCACCCACGGACGUAAGCUCGCAUGCAGUGCGCAUUGGAUGUGCGUAGCGGCAGCGGUGCACAAUUGAACGCUCGCACGAACACACCGGGUACGCGACGACACACGCGUGCUGCACAAUGCCAACCGCGGUCGGAGGAGUGCACACUUGCGAGCCGACCAAACACCCCCGAGAUCUUCCCUGAACGUAACCAAAUCGCACCAAUCGGCGCCGUAAUCGGCACCGCGUCGCUGCCGCGCCAACCCUGGGGCGGUGCCGCCGCAGGAAUUUGGCCGAGGGUGCGACGGAGCCCGACGCGCCAGCCCACGUCUCAACGCACGCCGAAGUCCCUGGAGCUUGCGCCCGGUACCUCCCCCAUACCGGUCGCGAAUCCUCGGCACGAGCUCAAAGUACAAACUGUGGGGGUCAAUGAGUAGGGUCCCCCGAGAGAGGGGGGGGGCUUCUAGACCCCCGCGGGCCCCGGCACUCGUUGAGACUCCUCGUCAGACUGCCGCCCCCGUUUGAUCGAUCGUCUUGGGUGGCGUUCUUCCCAGCGAGCCCUGGGCCUCGUGCCAGGAGGCAGCGGACGGGGCAGACGCCGUUGAGAACCACAGAGCAGUCUCAAUGAGACGCGGCAACGACGGAAUGAGACGGAAUGAGACCCCAGCGCCCGGACGGAAAGAAGAAAGGGGCAAACCAUGACACGUAUCGGCGGCGACACUCAACCACGUCCCGUCAUCGCCAACACCAGCAGUACCAGCGGUAGCAGCGUCGUCACCAACAACACCAGUGGCAUCACCAACACUUGCACCGCCGGACAUACCAAUGGGAGCUGUACCUCCGCCACUGAAACCCGAUCUGGUACCGCCACGACCACCGGCGGCACUGGCCGGGGAAGGCGCCGCUCGAGAUCCGCCGCUUCGAGCCACGCUCGCGCGGCUCGAAGCGGCGGCACUGGUUAAUUAACAAUUGCGGGGUGUGGGGGGAGGGGCGUGUGUGUGGCGUGCCGAGCUGCCUCCACGGGGAUUUGCCCCCCCCCCCCCCCGGGGGCUUAUUGCUGAUCUCUAAUUAAAGGGCUGCUUAUGGCGACGAUGGUGACGACGACGACGAUGACGAUCAAUGAGCAUCGGUGACCAGGCGCGCGCAGCGUCUCCUGUCCGUCAUCGCUGUCGUCGUGCCGCCCCGAAUCGUGCCGCCGUCGUGGCCGAUUCGUUUUGUUUGUAUUUUGAUGUUUUCGCCCAAUUAUAUUCCAGAGCGCGAUAUCGGCGUCCUCGCCACCACGAGACAGGCGGCGCGAACGCGCGCCACACCGACCCCCCUCCCCCCUCCCCCCUCCCGCUCGCAGCGAGUCCGUGCGCCACUGCGGUGGUUGCAAGAAAACCGCUGAUUUAAAUAAAACAAAAAAUGUUCCCCAUGCCUCUUUUGCAAGCGCUGCACGUGCCCUGCAGGCAGUGCUCUUCCACAUGGCGAUACUAUUUCGACAGGGCUGAAAUUAUUUUAAUGAAGCCAUUAAAAAAAAUUAUUUAAUUCGAUUGGGGUGUGGGGAUAAGUGGGGGAUCGGGGUGGAGUUGUGCAAGUCGUCACCUGUGAUCAGGCUGACUCAACUCGCUCAACCUAAUAAUGCUGGAUUAUUCAGGGGUCGGCUGAAACCAUGAUUCGAACGCAGGUGCCCCACAAGUCAGGUGGUUGGCGUCUCUGGCACGGCAAUUAUGAACACCUUACCACCCUGCCACAACUCGUGUUGUCCACGUGCGUGGUACGGUGGCUCAGAAUUCUCUCGUCGACGGUUUACGCUAUGACACGAGCGGCGAAACAGAACCGUGGCCGGUUUACUCCACAUUUCUAUGGUUCACUUCUCAGCAAAACUUUGGAAGCUAUUUUUUUUUAUUGAAAAUAUUUUAAUGGCAUUUCACCUAAUCAACGCUGCCGACGAAAAUUGACGCGUGAACCUUGGUGCUCCGCUGCGGGUUAACGAGCCUAACGUGAUGAUUGAACCGGUAGCGCGGUGCAUUGGUUUGAAACGCGUGUUAACUUGCGAUGCCGAAAUCGUACGCUAUCCCACAAAAAUGAAUCGACGCUAAUCAGGCGUCGGCAGGAGAGUUUAAUAGUCCACAUUCGCAAGGUCACCCUCGCUAAUGAGAUUCCCGAUGGGCUCUUGAGUUCUCACCUCGUUCGACAAAUGGACUCGAUCAGCAGUGUCCAUAAUAGAGGCUAUUUUUGGGGGAGGGGGGUUAUAUCGUGUCAAUAUAAAUGUGUCGUUAAACCCGCCACCUCCCGAUGCAGCCGAAUUCGUGAGGUUUGUCACGUAAACGUAACUUGCCAAUUCGUUACUAGUUCAGCACACCGGUGUGUUUGAGAGUAAAACCCACAGCAUUUACAAUUCGAGUACGACGUUUCGCUAGUAAAUUGCAACGAGCAUCAUCGAUGAUGCUCGCUGUAAUUACUAACGAAACCUCUGAAGUUCGGCUGCACAUUCGCCAUGUCACCUGAUCCCAUCGAUCUCUCUCUUUCAUCUGGCUCUCAUUAACCCCCGCCUGAAAUGAUAUGUUCUCAAACUGGACCCGGUUCAGCUUGAACCCGCCUGCAUCAGAGUGGAAUGCGUUGAUAAACGAUGGACGCCCUUGCCACCGUCUUGAUCACGCAAGGCUCUUGGGAAGUAAUUACUGGCCCACGCUCAAUGAGCUGACCUGCGUCUUCGGACUUCUGCAGCACACGUCCGCACAACGCGGUCAGAUCCAUCCCCCACGGGGUGCGCGUGCGACGAAGGGCAGUUCAACCGUGAAGAUGACACACACACACGUACAUCCAUACACAACCUAAACACAAAAACAACGAUCCCCCGUAUAGCCUUGGCAGACUGUUGGAGCAAGUGCUGUUAGCGAGCACCUAAACACACACACACAAACACCUAAAACGGCAGCCGCCGCCAUUCACCGCCGAGUGACAGUGACGUUACCGCAGCGUUCGUGCCAGGCUAGGUUCACGCAGCGCUCUGCCCGCGGCGGGUGGGAGGGAGUCGUCACGCGUCCCCACACGCCCCUGGCAUCUGCACCCAUGCGGCCGCGCAAUUUGGGGACCCUCUGCCCCCCCCCCCCCGCUUUGCCCUCGUUGGUCGACGGGUCACGCGGUGCUCGCUGGGAACGCGACGCGUGGGUCUGGAAUGUCGCUCGCGUGACCCCUCGACUGGAUCCGGUCGUCGUCGGCAACGUCCAGGGCCGAUGAUUUGGCGAUGCCCCCCCCCCCCCCCCCCGGUGGGAGACGGCAGCCGAGCGGCAAGUGUCGCCGAGUGUUCCAUGCGCGUUGUUAAUCGGCGCGCGCGGGGGUGUUACGCGUCGAGCGCUGAGUCUGCAAAAUCACGCGGCGCUGCCAAGAGGCCGGGGGGAGACUCCCGAGUCCCGAGUGAGGAGGAGGCCCGCGGCGAGGGAACGGGAGGCGCCGAAACCCGUUCGUGCGGGGCUCCCGUGCGCCGCUGAGCUCACCGCCGCGCGCCCCCUCGCAUCCCGUUCGCCCUAUCCCGCGGCGAUCUUCAUCCUGUGCGGUGCUGUGAGCAGUAUUUUAAUAAACGUGUUUGAUUGGUGUGAAAUGCA